UAUCCUAUAACCUAAAAAUGGCUGCGAUCCGCAACCUCGCCCGGUUUACGGAAAGGGCGAAGUUUUUGAACAAGUGCUAUUUCGCCAGUCAGAAUGGCAUCCAGAGGUCAUUCUCCACGAAUGGGGCAGUUAUAGGGCUGUCGCGAGAGACACAAGCCUUAGUAAAAUUCGGUCUGAUCAGCGCGGCUACCGGCGUCGCAGUGGGUGCAGGUUAUGCAUAUUACAGGAUCAACGAAACCCGAAAGAACAUCGCUCUGGAAGGAACGGAGUUGAAUACUGUAUUGCUCGAGCACAAGCCGCCUAUCACUCCGUCUCGGAAGAUUGUGUACUCGGGGGACACCACUGGUUUGAAACUUACGUUAUUCCAGUAUCAGACUUGUCCUUUCUGCUGUAAGGUUAGAGCAUUCUUGGAUUAUUAUGGGAUAUCUUAUGACAUUGUGGAGGUAGAUCCAGUACUCCGAAAAGAAAUUGGAUGGUCUUUGUAUAAGAAAGUUCCAAUCCUUUUGACCCAAGUGGAAAGUGGUUAUCAGCCCUUGAAUGACAGUACUAUGAUAGUGUCACUUCUUGCCUCCUAUCUAUAUGAUAGGUCACAAAAGAUUGAAGAGUUUGCUGAUUAUUAUCCAAGUAUAGGCAUGCAUGACGAAACUGGCAAAUUCAAAUACGAAAUCAUAAAUAAAUAUUUCCUCAUGUUCAAUAACCAACUUCCAAAAAACAGAACAAUGGACGAUAUUAUUGAAGAACGUAAGUGGAGGAAGUGGGCAGAUGAUGUAUUUGUCCACACUCUUUCGCCAAAUGUCUAUAGAACACUCGAUGAAUCCUACAAAACUUUCAAUUGGUUCUCGGAAAUUGGCAAAUGGGAGGAAUAUUUCCCAAUGUGGGAGCGACUGUUAAUAGUGAAUGUAGGCGCGAUGGCAAUGUGGUUAAUAGGGAAGAGACUUAAGAAGAGACACCGUCUAAAAAAUGAUGUGCGACAAUCAUUGUACGAUGAGGCGAAUUACUGGUUGCGUGGCAUCAAGGCACGUGGCACCAUAUUCAUGGGCGGCAACAAGCCUGAUUUAUCUGAUUUAGCGAUAUAUGGUAUUUUGAAGAGUAUUGAAGGCUGUGAUGCUUUCCAAGAUUUGAAGACUCAUACGAACAUCGGCGUUUGGUACAAUGCUAUGAAGGAGCAAGUUGAUGCACAUUCUGGUAGUGCAAAUUUGAGUAGAUAAUAAUUGAU